CACACACGCUCUGCCUCGAUCACACACCGAGCCACUCGAACAUGCGAGGAGCACAUUCCUUCCUUCCUCCUCACUGUCUCGGCCCUUGACUUCUACAAGCCCAUGGAACAUUUCUGGAAAGACGCUCUUGAUCCAGCAGGGUGGCCCGUUGGCUGCUAAAGCCUCUGCGGCGCGGGGAGACGAUUUGCGCCUUGCCCGCGGCCACUGACCAUGACCAUGACUCUCCAUGCCAAAGCAUCGGGAAUGGCCUUGCUGCACCAGAUCCAAGGGAACGAGCUGGAGCCCCUCAAUCGCCCGCAGCUCAAGAUGCCCCUGGAGCGGCCCCUGGGCGAGGUGUACGUGGACAACAGCAAGCCCGCGGUGUUCAACUACCCCGAGGGCGCCGCGUACGAGUUCAACGCCGCGGCCGCCGCCUCCACGCCGGUCUACGGCCAGGCGGGCCUCGCCUACAGCCCCGGGUCCGAGGCGGCGGCUUUCGGUGCCAACGGCCUCGGGGGCUUCCCGCAGCUCAACAGCGUGUCCCCGAGCCCGCUGAUGCUGUUGCACCCGCCGCCGCAGCUCUCGCCCUUCCUUCACGCGCACGGCCAGCAGGUGCCCUAUUACCUGGAGAACGAGCCGAGCGGCUAUGCGAUGCGCGAGGCCGGCCCGCCCGCCUUCUACAGGCCAAAUUCAGAUAACCGACGGCAGAGUGGCCGGGAGAGAUUGGCAGGUAGCAGUGACAAGGGAAGCUUGGCCAUGGAGUCUGCUAAGGAGACUCGCUACUGUGCUGUGUGCAGUGACUAUGCGUCAGGCUACCAUUAUGGAGUCUGGUCCUGUGAGGGAUGCAAAGCCUUCUUCAAGAGAAGCAUUCAAGGGCAUAAUGACUACAUGUGCCCAGCUACCAACCAGUGCACCAUCGACAAGAACAGGAGGAAGAGCUGCCAGGCCUGCCGACUCCGCAAGUGUUAUGAAGUGGGCAUGAUGAAAGGUGGUAGGUAUACCUGCUUAAGGCCUGGGGGAUGCUGGCCAUGGUACUGUCCAGACUGGUUCUUUCUAUUCUGA